GGAGGCACUGGAGACAUAUAAACCAGAUUUCAUCUCUCGAUCACAGAAGCGUAUCCAACAGCUUGAGGUUAAGGCAAAGUGGAGGAAAAUCCAGUUGGCUGAGCCAAUGAAACUGCAAAGGAAAAGAAUGGAACUUCCAGUACAAAACAUGCCAUUCCUUUUGCCAUUUAAGAAACGGCAAUGUACCGUGCCACAUCCUUUGAGUGACAAUCUAUUUAAACCAAAGGAGAGGAUGAUUCCAGAGAAAGAAAUGCAGAUGAGAUCCAAAAGAAUUUAUAACAUGCUGCCAGAGGUGAAAAGAAAAAAGGAGGAAGAGAAGAAGAAAAUUAUUUCUCAAACAAAUCGAUUGCGUGCUGAGGUUUUCAAAAAGAAAUUGCUUGACCAAAUACUGCAGAGAAACAGUGACAAUGGGCAAGAAUCAGCAUGAAGAACCAUUACCUGAGGCUUCCAGAGAAAUGUUAUCUAUGAAGCCACUUCAAUUUACUAAAAUGCUAAUUGCUCAUAAACCCACCCUAUUAGGUUUGAAUCCAUUGGUUUUUAAGUUGCAAUUUUUCUGAAUCUGCAUGGAGAUUCAUAAUUUGUGAAACCAUAGUUCAACAUUUUUUCACAGCACUUGCAGGGAGGGUUAAUUAGUUCAUUAGACACAGCUGCAAUUACAACAGAAAUAAUGCAUGUUUAAUAGUUAUACAUUUCAUUUUAUUUUCAUCCACUGGAAUCAGUUCAACCAGGGUUCCUGCCUGCUCUUGAUGGCUUUGGUCACAGUUCUGAAUGUAUUUUAUGACUUUUUUUAGUCUCAGAGUCAGAUUAAGAAGUCGUGGACCCCUGAAGCCCUCCCUUGGUCUACUGUACCACAUUUAUGCAAUAAAAUAUAUGGUGAAACUGGACUGUAGAAGUUUGACACACUAUUUUAGUAUAAAAGCAAACAAUAUCACAAAUAUAAUUAAAUGAAUCUGUAACAUUACAGACAGACCCCAUCUUGGUACUUAACUCUAGCCAAUAGAUCAUAUUUGGUUGAGACCCUUAUAAGCCUAUAGAGGUGCAUUAAUGUGUCUCUUGUUGGUUGACGGUCUCAAUGUCAGACAUGAUUUGAAUUGUUGGACAAACCUCUAGCAAUAGUUACAGAUUAUUUAGCAUUUAUUCAUUUGUAGAUGGAAGCCAAACGUCAGCCAUUCUAUUUGGAAUCAACCUGUAGAAUUUUUUGAUCAUCUUUGUGAGAUCCUGAAAGACCUUCCAAAGUGAUUGGAUGCAGGUUCAGAACCAAAAGGUGUAGGGAAGAAUAUACAUCUAACCUCACACUACAGCAGUGAUCAGGAAGGGAUAGUGACAUUUGUGAAGCUUGGUAAUCUUUACAGUGCCUGAACAUAAGGAUACAUAAAUGAGAAGGCAUAAAGGUGUGGAGAACGACUCAGAAGAAUAUGCCCUUGGGCACAAGUACUAAUUUGAGGAUUCAUUAUUUCAGUUUUUCUAUGCUCCAUCUUUUUGAAAAUUUCAAGCAUUUUUGCUAAACUAAAUCAAACCAGUUUGAAACCAUAUAGGCAUAUUAUACAUCUAUAAAACAAUAUACUUCAUAUAUUGAAUUAAUCUGCUCCAUUUUUUACAGUUCUGUAAUGGCCUGGUACAACAAUUAUUAAUGAAUAGUCUUUGCAUAGAGCUCAGUGUAGCAAAUCAUAGUUAACAAAACAAGGUUUGUAAUAAUUGUAUAUAACUUUGAAUCGUCUAAACCAACAGCAAUGUGAAAAAUCUUAAUUGAUCAGAGUUUAAAAUUGCAAAACUAAUCGAAAAAAAUCAGUAAUUUAAUCAUGUAUUUGGGUAUUUUGAAUUUUAAGUUAUACUUCACUGCCAGGGCAACUGUUAGCAUUUGUGAAUCACACCAAAUAGCAUUAAAAGAUGAUUAACUGCUAACCUUUAAUUUUCCUUCCUGUUUGGAUUAACUACCCAAAAAAUAUUAUGUAACUAGAUUUUAUUUUUGUUUCAUUUAAUUAAAGACUAUAUAAUGCUCUUUUCUAUAAUGUCACAGUCCCUCUGCCUUUAGUAGUCUUCUUACAAGUGAAAAAUAAUUUGAAAUAGUCAUAUUGUGAAAGAAAUAAAGCCAGAUUAAAUACUAACACUGGCUGUGUGAUAAUACAAGUAAUGCUCAUUCUACGUUCAUUCUUUAAUUAUGCUUAUUGUUCAGCCAAACUGUUACAUUAUUACAUAAUAAUAAACCAUUGUUUUGUUCUGCCGUA